UGUAUCUUUGGACAAUUCAAAGCAGGUGUUGCACGUCUGUUACAGAUGCAUUUGGGGAAUUGUCGCUGUUUACAUGGUAGGAUACUGAGUGGACAUAUGGGUGGAAGGGAGCUUUCCAAAAAGUUUCCAGGACCCCCUACCAUUUAAUAUUAUGCUACUGCCCAGCUCAUCAAUCUGAGUGGGGAAAAUUGUCAAGCAUUGUGAGCGUCAGGUCAGGGGAUCUCACCACCGAUCUGCAAAAUCUGGGACUGUUGGCAGGUAUGAUGCAGCAUAAGACAAAGUUUGCACAAGCGGGGAAUUCAAUUCUGCAAAAUCUGGGACUGUUGGCAGGUAUGAUGCAGCAUAAGACAAAGUUUGCACAAGCGGGGAAUUCAUUUCUACAAAAUCUGGGACUGUUGGCAGGUAUGAUGCAGCAUAAGACAAAGGCUGCACAAGACGGGGAAUUCAAUUUUAUUUUGGAUGAUACUCUUCUCAGCAGAGCAAGCAGUGGCACUGCUUCUUUAACUGCAGCCAAAGCCAAAAUCUCAGAGAACUAUUUCCUGCUACUGGUGUUGCUGCGUGGCAGCGAAACUAAAGAUAGAUCAGGGGAAAAGAGCUUAUUGCAGACCAAAAAAAAAAAAAUCUAAAAUGAAAAAAACGUUCAAACCUCCGAAGCAGCUGCCGAACCCAGAACGUUUGCGACCGCAGGGUAACCUGAACCGGCGAACAUGACCUAGAGCAGCGGGCGCCAUAUGGAAACAUGUUAUGGGAAGGCUGAGAGAUCCAGGAGACGGAUAUCAAUGCCCUUCUACAGUUCCCAUCCCUUUUUAUUUGGCUUCCUGGGCUUCUGUAUGCUUAAAAACCUUGUAAGCAGUCAAAACUACACCUUGAUAUUUGCCAGCGAUCUCAACAACGUUCGCAACUGCAGCUGUUCUACCCUCAUCCGUGACUGUGACUAUAGCCUGGCCAACCUGAUGUGUAGCUGCAAAACUAUCCUCUUCCAACGGAAUAGAACGCUGUCAAGUCUUGUCUAUACCGGCGACCUGACGGUCUGGUUCCCAAACACGCCAACGCUCGGGCAACUGCUGAACUUUAGUCUCGUGAACGACCUAAAGAUUUCGUUCUGCGGAGCCGCUCCUCUCCCCGCUCAGUACUUGGCCAUCUUGGGCCUCAGACAUCUUCGAGUGAAGACACGCGGAGCGCCUGAGCAAAGUUUAAAGUUAUAUAACCAUGAAGACAUUGUAUCCAAGGACGCUGCCUGUACCGAUUCCGGAGGAAGGAGAUCGUCCCAUCACAUCUCUUAUCUAGACACUUCUCUUUUUAAUAGGAAUACCUCGUUAAGGUCAUAUAGCGUUGAAGACGUUCCGAGCAUAGCAGACCACUUUCCGAACUUACCUUACCCCGGGACGGGCUCCGCCGCCAUCAACGUGAGCUUUGUUGUGACACUCAUUUACUAAUAUGGGGAAAAAAUGUCAGAGGAUGAAUUCAAUGAAAAUGUAUUUUGAAAUUGUAUAUUUUUCAAUAAAGAAUUAUUGCCGGUG